AUGUGCUCCACACCCGUGUGGGAAUGGUGUGGGGCGUGUGGGAAUGGUGUGCGGCGUGUGGGAAUGGUGUGGGGCGUGUGGGAAUGGUGUGGGGCGUGUGGGAAUGGUGUGGGGCGUGUGGGAAUGGUGUGGGACGUGUGGGAAUGGUGUGGGGCGUGUGGGAAUGGUGUGGGACGUGUGGGAAUGGUGUGGGGCGUGUGGGAAUGGUGUGGGGCGUGUGGAAAUGGUGUGCGGCGUGUGGGAAUGGUGUGGGACGUGUGGGAAAGGUGUGGGGCGUGUGGGAAUGGUGUGGGGCGUGUGGGAAUGGUGUGGGGCGUGUGGGAAUGGUGUGGGCGUGUGGGAAAGGUGUGGGGCGUGUGGGAAUGGUGUGGUGGCGGGCAUGCUCUCAGGCUUAGUCCUAAAGGUUUCAUUAUCAGGAGCCAUCCUCAGACUUCCCUCUUCAGGCAUAAACCUCAAGUUUCUACCGACUAG